AUGGAAGAGUUGACCGGUGGCGGCGCUUUUGUCCCUAUCGAUUGCGGUGAGCAUCCGCUGUCUGCAUUUGCAGUCGUGUCUUUAACAGUCGACGGACAGAAGGUCGCUUCUUUUAUCCACUACUGGUACAUCAGACUAUGCCAGCUAUUAGGUCAAGAAACGGAGGACGACAAACUUCGCCUGUCUCCUUUCCAGCUUUAUCGUCAAGUGAUGAACCAUAUUCUUCCGUCGUACUAUGCUCGAAGUUCGGUUCAGUCAGACGGAAAUUUUGUCAAGACAACGAUUAACGUUACGAAGUCUAUUCUGCGCAAGUUUCUGCUCGUUCGGUUCGACGAAGAUGCGUCGUUGAAGGAGCAGUUGAGGCUGACGAGCAAUGACACGAUCGUAGAGUGCAACGCCGACCGAAUGUUUGGCAUAAACCGCAGCUAUGCGCAACUGCUACGUUGGCUGCACUACGUCGACCGUCAAGGACGUGACACGACGCUAUUGAGUCGCUUGUUUCACUUGAACAUCUUCAGAUGUGACAGCACAGAGCGUUGGUUCGGCGCCAACCUCAAUGGCGUGGUUUUGAUGGAGUUGAGACGGGAAUUGUUUGCCGGUGCCGAUGAUGUCAAGGACUCUGUGUCUGACGGAAUAUUACCCACUAUCGAAGUGCCGCUUGCGAGCGCUGUUGUCGACACUGACGAUGCAAACGACAUUACUGAAGCGGGCCCAGUGUCCUCGCAGGACAAAUUCCUGGCUUUGUGGAGAGACUCGUCGCAUAGCGCAUUCUACUGUCACGAUAUGAUGUAUCACCUCGAUCUUCUUCCGCUGCAGAAUUCGUUUGCGCCACUGGCCGUCUCGUAUCAAAUGCCAAUUUUGGCCGGAGAGACCCUCUACCCUUCCGUCGAGCAUUACGUGGCCGCUCAGUACUUCAGGGACGUUCAGCGAUUGGACGCGGCUCGUGGCAUAACGUUGAUCACGAACCGAUUCAAACUGCGAGAGUUCGUUGCACAGGUGACUCACGACGUUUCGAGUGAACAAGUGCAGCAGUGGAGGAAAAAUAGAAUGUAUCUGGCGCUGAAAGCUGCCGUUGAACUGAAGUUUGCCCAGUAUCCAGAACUGAAUGAUUUGCUCAUGUUGACUGGCAUUCGUACGUUGAUUGAAGUUGACCCGGGCGACACCGACUGGAGCAUAGGCAUGAGUUGGAUGACAUUGCGCAGCUGGAUGGCUACCGAAAAAGUGAAUCCUUUGAUGCUGUUGUUUUGGUUUCUUCAUCCGGAUGAUAAGCCCGGCAUUGUUGGCCUGAACUAUGGCGGCCGGCUUUUGAUGGAAAUGAGGCAGCGGCUAUUGGAAGAAAGAAAUUACGGAAAGAAAAAGGCGAUGAACGAACGAGAAUCGUUGAAAUGUCCAAUUUGUUACACGCAAACGGUCGAAGGUGCACCGUCGCUACCUUGGACUGACCAGAUAGUGGUUUUGCACCGAACCAACCCGUUGGCUUUUUCCUACCCGAGCGCCUUUAUGUUAGAAGGCGAGAUGUAUUACAGCGUCGAGCAUUAUGUGAGACGGAAGAUUUUGGAACAUUUCGAAUUCGGUGACGAUGCCGAAGAAGUUCACAAUGACGAUGCUGCGUCCAGUCGCCGGGACUGUCAGGAGUUUGACCCUUACACAGACUGCACUGAUUUUCUGUGGGACAGGCGUUGGCACGGGUUUUACGAGAAGUCGGUUUGGCCGAAGAAAGAUAAGCUUCAGGAAUGGGUCGAGAAGUACGGCUUGGAGUUGUAUGAACGUGCAUUGAAGGGAAAAUUUACACAGAACCGGUUUUGCCAAGAAUUGCUAAUCAACACUGGUGACGCUCUGUUGGUGGAGAUCCGUGCCAGCACCGGAAAUGACGAUGAGAAAGGGAGGAAGAAAGCGAGAUCGGCUCCCAAGCUUCUGAGCAGUUCUUGGCAGAACGGCGCAGAGGUCGUCAGGCUGCCUCGCCUCGGCAAGAACCUGCUCGGUCUACUACUGAUGAAGGUAAGGUUUUUGUUGAGGAACCAGGAUGCGCUGAAGCAAGCGUCGUUCGAGACAUCUUUUGCAGCCAGUCUGUCCGUUGUUUCUCUGUUCAUGCCUAAACUGAACAACUGCUUCGGACUGCUGUACGAAGACGGGUUCUCGCCGGUCGACUGUCACUUCUCACCACUCAGUCCUCACUACUUCGCGCCAUUCAGCGUCGAUAGCGUUUCAUUUCCGACCGUCGAGCAUUUCUUGUGGUAUUCGCUGUUUACCGGUCACGUUCCUAAAUACCAGGCUCAUUAUCGGUUCAUAAAGUGCCUGUUGGAAUGCCAGAAUACGCAUCUCCUACCGCAGCUGGUUUACGCGUACGUGUCAGACAAGUUUGAUCGAGAGGUGACCAAUGAGCUGAUGAUCUUCGCCGAUCUCCAGCUUCAAAGUUUCUAUGAAAUCGGCACUAGGGCAAAGUUCAUGCAGAACGACCACCUUCUUCCGGCCCUGUUCGAACGGUUCGACGUACCGUUCUUCGUUGGUGAUCCGAAGAACAGCGAGACGGCGCGCUUCCGUUCGACGGUCGCACUCGAAGGCUGGAUGAAGAAGUGGCAGUUUUCAUUGAAGAACGUUCUCUACUGGUGGCUGCAUCCGUUAUUCAAGCCUAGCGGCUUUGUGACGAACGCCGCCGGCAUGGCAUUGAUGGUGGUACGCAGCGAGCUGAUCCAAAAGCACGGCGUAGUGUGGUCAGACGUUUCUUCAGACGACAAGUGCAACGCGUUUGAGGGUCUGUCGAAUUUCACCGUUCCUCCUAAUCGGUUAUUUGUGUUCGACAGCAGCCACCCGUUCAGUCCAACAUUCAUCGCUCCGUUCCGUGUGUUCAACGAGGAGUUCAGAUCGGUCGUGCAUUUCUACUGGUCGAGAGGUCUGAAGGCGAUCGGCGUUGAUCAGGAGACGGCCGCUUACCUACUCAGCUUGCCUCCCGAACGGUGCAACUCUGAGUGCCUAAAAGUCGCUGCCACGAACAACAUAGGGUUUCGGCAUUGGCAGAACCGCGAGAUGAAGAGCGUGAUGCUGAAAGGACUGAAGCUGAAGUUCGACCGCGCCGAGACGCUGCGUAGGAUGCUGCUGUCCACUGAGGGUAUGCUUCUGGUGUACGGCGACGUUGACGCCGUCCUCGGCGUCGGUAUGACCCCUCCUCAGUUAGACGUUUUCUGUAGACAAGUGGGUGUCGACGCCUGCCUCCUCAAAAUGUGGCUAUGCAACGGCGGCGAUGGUUGCGCCGCGUGCGUCGGACAAAAUUUCUGCGGCCUUUGCCUGAUGGAACUGAGACAGCAGCUCUGUGAACAGCCGUCGUUCGACGUUCGAUCAGUCACCUGCUCCGCUUUCAUUUCGCCGAAAAACAUCAUCACUCUGGAUGCCACCCCGAAGCAGGUUGUACCUUCUUUUUUUGCAUUGCCACAUACUUUGGAAAAUUGCCUGGUUCUGAUUGGAAUUCUGCCUGUUAUCUUUCGAAGGUUGAUAAAUCAGUUUUUCUUGACCAGAUACCACGAGAUUAAACUUACAGCGGUUAACUCGCUGUUUAUGUUGCCAUAA